AUGGAAUAUAAAGAGCUUCUAGAGCAGCCGUUUGACUUUGACCCCACGACAGCGACGCCAUCGGGCAACCCCGGCGGACACAGUGGUGAUGACAACCAGAGGCUGGCGCAGAUGCGACAUAUGGGAAGCGCGGAGCAGCGAAAAUUCUUUGGGGACAUGUCGGUGGAAGAGUGGGAAUCAGCGGGAAAUUGGUUUUCAGAGCAAUUUACCGGCAUUAUGCGAAGACUGACGGCGGCGCGGCAAUCAAAACGGCAUAUUGUGGAUAGCUUUGAGCUCGAGGCUGCUGCACGCGAGGCAGAAGUCAGACAGCGGUCAGAUAAGAUUGACGAGAAGCUUGAAAAAAUGCGCGAGGAUGGCAUGAAGGUUGUCGGAGGUCGCAGCUGA